CUAAACAGCCGCUGCUAACCCGCGUCUGUCCUCUGGGCCUGUGAUUGGCUGUUCCCACAGCACUGCAGGGACACUUUCACGCACGUGCCGCACAUUCCUGAUCUGCGCUGUGGAUAAGUGCAGCUGCCAAGUGUGCGCAAAGCUUCCGUCAACAGAAAUGUCAGCUGCUGAGGCUUUUGUGACCCUCGCCACCACAGACUCUUACUGCAUGGGCGCCACUGUCGUGGCCAGAAGUCUGCGGCGGCAUGGAACAACUCGCCACAUAGUUGCCAUGAUCACACCAAAUGUGUCUGAGCAGUCAAGACUCGCCCUUAACGACGUGUUUGAUGAAGUGAUUGUGGUGGAUGUGAUGGACAGUGAAGAUUACCACCACCUGUGCUUGCUGGGACGUCCUGAGCUCGGUAUCACGUUCACUAAGAUCCACUGCUGGACUCUGACACAGUACAGCAAAUGCGUCUUUCUGGAUGCCGACACUCUGGUGCUGUGUAACGUGGACGAGCUGUUUGACAGGGACGAGCUGUCAGCCGCUCCUGAUCCCGGCUGGCCCGACUGUUUCAACUCAGGAGUGUUUGUCUUCAGACCGUCCCUCCACACUCACACCAGCCUGCUGCAUCACGCCAGUCGCCACGGCAGCGUUCAUGAUAACACACGACUACACGGGCUCAGGCGAACCUUCUGCAACAUAAAUAUGGGUUUGAGGAUAAAUUGGGAAAUACUCUGUGUGGGUUUCGUCUCUGUGUUGCUGGUUUUACAGCCACAGUUGGACAUGUUGGAGUUACAGGUUUGUUCUUGCAGGUUCGGCCACGGUGCAAAGAUCAUCCACUUCCUCGGAGCAGACAAACCCUGGAGCUCGCAGGGAAACAGCAGCUACUCGCACAACAUGGAGCAGUUUGUGUCUCUGUGGUGGAAGGAAUACCUCAUCCACACAGUGUCAUCUGCUCCAGCGGUCCAGCCCAAGCAAGAGCAGAAGAAACCACAACAGUUCCUGCGUCUGCAGCGUUCCCACACAGAUGACACACAGUUGGAGGAGGAGUCGAGAUCAUCUGAGGAGCCAGAAGCUGAGGAUCCACCUUUGGGGGCCGAAGGCUCUGAAAGCAGCGACGUUCCUGCAGACACGGCUGCUGAUCCCACUCCUGCCCACACCGAGCCGCUGGACCACCGCAGGCUGUGGGAGAUGGGACAGGUGGACUACCUCGGCAGAGAUGCCUUUCAAAACAUCCAGAGGAUGCUGGACCGCUUUUUGGAUUAA